ACGGCUGUCAAAUUCAUCUGUCAACAUUUUUCGAAACUUUCUGUUUAUGAAAGGUUCAUGUCAAGAAAUUUAUUUUGUUUACAUCCAUCGCUUAUUAUUAAAGAGAUGAUUUUUGUCCGAACAAACGAAUAUUUAAAGACAUGAGGAACGGCGGGACAUUCUACUUUCAGUCACAUAUGCAAUUGUAACACUUCGAAGAAAGGACUAUGGAGACGGAUCCUCUAAAUCUAGGCCCUUCGAUUACAUUGAAUUGUUUGGACACAAAUGAUCCCAUUAGCAAUUCGAAUCAAUCUGGGAAAUUUAGCCAUGCACGGAAAGUUCAUCUCAAAUCUCCAGUCGCUCCCGAUUUCAUUUGCUUUGUGUGCAACAAUGAAUUCGAUGAUGUGGCCAAAUUGCAUGUUCACAUGUCGAUGAAGCAUAAGGGUAUCAAGCCAUAUCGAUGUGAAUAUUGCACGAAAGCUUUCGCAACAACGAAAAGUGUGUGUGUCCAUCUGCAGCUACAUCAUUUCGGUCGUGAUGAUAAGUACCUUUGCCUGCAAUGCAAAACAUAUUUUCAUCAAUCCAAUGAACUGGUUCACCAUAAUGCAAUCGUCCAUAAGAAAACCCAUCCGUGUGGGACAUGCUGCAAAUGUUUUACGCAAAUUAGCGAACUGUCGUUGCACGAACGACUGCAUUCGUUUGACAAACCAUUUCGUUGUCUGCAAUGUGACGAAGUUUUUCUGUCACAAUCAAGUUUAUCCGUACAUGUACAACGGGUUCAUGAGUUCAGCAUCGGUCGACAGGUGCAUUGUCCCUUGUGUGACUAUUCAUUUUCCAAACAAAGUGAUCUGAAUGCUCACAUUUAUGUGCAUGACGAUGAUGGGCCAAAACCUUUCGAAUGUCCUGACUGUGCCGAAUUGUUUGAUGGUCUGGAACUAUUUGUUGAACAUAUCGAACUGCACGAGAAAAUCAGUCAGGAAGCAGUCAAGGAGCCAGCACAAAAUACGAACAACGAAACUUCAGAACCUCUGGACAGUGAUGGAGAGUCUAACUAUUUUAUGGACCAGUCAGUUGAUGGUACUUAUGACGAUCCAGGCGACGACAUUGAGAACAAUCUAACUAAGAUGGGCGUUACGCUAUCCUACACUUGUCCAAUAUGCCAGAAAAUGUACGAAGACAUCACCGAAUUUAAUGCUCAUUGUGGAACACAUGAAACGCCGGUAGAGACUAGUCAGACUAGUCAUUCCGCAAAAUCACUGCCGAAGUCAAUGGAAGGAAUGCUCAAGCCAAACCGCCCCAAGACCACUCGUACUGCCGUGUCUUUGAAGUGGCAGGAAAAUGAUAACAAAGUUCGCAAUUUCUCGUGUGAAAAGUGCAAUCGAUCAUUUACCAUGGCCAGCACGUUAAGUCUACAUUUGCGGCGAACCCACUUGGGUAUUAAACCGUACAAAUGCCAAGUAUGCCAAAUGGCCUUUGCUCAAUCUAGCGAUUUGAUCAAACAUAUUCGGAAGCAUACAGGUGAGAAGCCCUAUUCCUGUACCACUUGCGGUGCACGUUUUUCGCAAAAUCGCAAUCUACGCAACCACAUGAAAAUCCAUACCGACGAACCAAGCGUAUGUAAGUAUUGCAAUAAGAAAUUUUUGAUCGACACAAGCCUGGUCCAGCAUCUGAAGAAGCACGAAGGUCCGAAUGUCGUCAACUGUACGGUGUGCAAGAUUCCGUUCUCAACGCAAAAUUUCUUGGACAAACAUGCCAAACGAUGUAUGAAGAAGGAGAAACAUCAAUGCACCGAAUGCCUCAAAUCAUUUGUCAAAGCUGGUGAUUUGGUUAAGCACAAUCGGAAGCAUACGGGUGAACGACCCUAUGUGUGUACGCUCUGCAAUAAAACGUUUUCACAUCCAACUAGUUUACGGAAUCAUAGCGCUGUGCAUACGAAAUUGAGGCCGUUCAUUUGUUCAUUUUGUGGUCAGGCGUUUUCUUUUCACGGCAACUUGAAAGUGCAUUUACUCAGUCAUUCGGGAGAGAAGCCGUUUUCAUGUCAAGUGUGCGGAAAGUCAUUCGCUCGGUCAGCAAAUCUCAAAGAGCACGUUAAGAUACAUACGGGCGAGAAAACCCACAAGUGCACCAUUUGCCUCAAAUCAUUUAUCAAAGCUGGUGAUUUGGUGAAGCACAAUCGGAAACAUACGGGUGAACGACCCUAUGUGUGUACGCUUUGCAAUAAAACGUUUUCACAUCCAACUAGUUUACGGAAUCAUAGCGCUGUGCAUACGAAAUUGAGGCCGUUCAUUUGUUCAUUUUGUGGUCAGGCGUUUUCUUUUCACGGCAACUUGAAAGUGCAUUUACUCAGUCAUUCGGGAGAGAAGCCGUUUUCAUGUCAAGUGUGCGGAAAGUCAUUCGCUCGGUCAGCAAAUCUCAAAGAGCACGUUAAGAUACAUACGGGCGAGAAAACCCACAAGUGCACCAUUUGCCUCAAAUCAUUUACAAAUUCGUCCACUUUUUCGAAACAUAAGAAAAUCCACAGUGGAGAGAAGCCUCACCAUUGUUCGGUGUGCGAUCGAAGCUUUUCGCAAAACGCCCAUUUGCUCAAACACACCAGGAUCCAUACAAACGAAAAGCCGUACGGUUGUGACGUGUGCAAUAAAUUCUUCCGACGAUCGGACACCUUAGCCAAUCAUCUUCGAACGCAUCUGAAGGAAGACCGAAAUAAUUACCACAAACUUACCGCUACCGACACAACAGAACAAUUGGCGGAAUUACAAGAAGUGCCUGUUCCGACGCUCGAUGUGCAAUUAAUUCAGCAGUCCAAUCAAAUUGUCGAAGAUGUUCCGCAGAUUAUUUACACAAUUACGGGGCCGACAAAUGUGACCGGAGUGGCUGUCGAUCAAAUGAAUAUGGAACUGCUGGAAUUCUCAUUUUAUUAUAACGUCAUUGUAGGAGUAGGAGGCUCCAUAUAAUGCCAUAUAUAUACAUGGUGGUUGAUUGUUGACGUUAUUAUCUCUUGCAAUAAAUAACACAAAUUCUUUGGAAUAGAA